GCUGCAGCUAUUGAUUAUUUUAGUAGUCGAUUAAUCGAUGAACUAGUUAGUUCGAAUAAUCGAGGAAUCGGAUAAGGAACAUGAAAAAUUAAAAUACCUGGGAUAAGCCUCAAACGGUAUAUAAAAAAAUUAAUGAGGAUCUAUGUACAACAAAAGAACAAUUGGUUAACUUACAUAGCAAAAGUCCCCUAUCUUAAAUGCUAUAAUAAACUUUUUUUUUUUUUUAUUAACAAUGCUCCUAAAAAAUGGUUCAGACUCAUAUUCCCACAAAAAACGAUUAAAUAUACCUAUAAACUAAAUUACAAAUGCAUUGAAAAACAUUAGCCCAAACAAAAACUUAGCUUACGUUGGUCUUAACGGGAAGCAGUUGGAUUCAGCCAUGUAGAAUGAGGCAGACCAGAGGGCAGUGUUCCCACCCUAAUCUAUAAAACUGAAAUGCAAACCCUUUCAAAAUAAACCAUUACAAUGCCACUUUAAUUAAACGAAUACUCGAAGCAACAAAAUUUAAUUCGAAUAUUUUUUCCUUAUCGAAUACUCGAGUUAAUCGAUUAAUCAUUGCAGCACUAGUCUAGAGACACCAGACCCAACGCUGUGGAUGAGUUUGAGGCCGCUAUCGAAGCAUCCUGGGCCUCCAUAACACCUCAGCAGUGCCACAGGCAAAGCAAAAGGAUUCCCGACCAAGUAUUGAGUGCAUAGCUGAUAUAAUUAAUUGAAAGUUGCCUUUUUUGUAUUAAAAAACACUUUUUUGUUUUGGUCGUAUGAAAUAUGCAAAGUUUUUGAGAUCAUCAAAUCAUCAAUAUUAAAACAAUAAUAGGCUUGAACUACUUCAGUUGUGUGUAAUGAGUCUAAAAUAUAUGAAAGUCUAAUGUUUAUCAGUACAUUACAGAAAAUAAUGAAAUUUAUCACAGUAUGCUAUUGUUUCUAGAAGGACUAGUAUAUUAAGUUGGCCCCUUGCAUCCUUCGAUUUUUCUCAAAAUGUCCGACGGCGGGAAAAGUUUGGAUACCCCUGCUGUAAACGCUUAUUAUAGAUUCAGUGCUGUUGUAGUAGUCUGCUCCUAUGAGAAAGCCCGAGCCAUUAGGGGAGGGAGUUAAAGUGUGAAGACGCACAUGGCAUCCCUCCCACAUGACGAGAGGGAGGCUGCUCUCCUCCUGGCUCUCUUCCAGACUCAACCGCCACCUCCACGGGUCAUGGACGGCGUUCAAUCUCAACACGUCGAUACAGCAGAGGCUGAAGACAAGUUCCGCGCCCUCGCCUACGACACGGCACUGAGCACGGUUCUGGCGGUGGCCGUGUACGUGACGCUCAAAGCCAGCCUAGACGGCGUCCGGCGGUGGCGAGCCCGCAUGGCGGUGCUCGUCGUAGGCUCGGGUCCAGUGGGACUGACGGCCGCCCUGGUCGCUGUCCGCUCGGGGAAGGUGCUGAAGCUGACCGUGCUGGACGAGCGCAACCGGAGCGCGCUGCUCUGCCGGCCGCAGCAGAUCGCCUUGGACCCCCGUAGCGUGGACUUUCUCCUGGGACUCGGCGUGGACUUUGACAACAUGGAGGGAUGCUGGCAUGAAGAGCACUUCUUCACGAGGAUAGGCGUGUUCCAGGAGUACCUGCUUAGCAUCCUGGAGCAAAAGAAGCAGGAGGUGGACGUCAGGGUGCAGCUCGGAACUAAGUUCACAGACGAUUACCUGCGGCGAAUCCCGGCCAACGAAUGGCCGCGCGUUAUUGUGGUGGCCGACGGCUCGUGCGGCGACUCCUGCUCCGUGCUGGGCCUCAGUUCCGACUACACAGUGGAGUCGUGCCAUGCUUACGGAGCCAACGCCAGCAUCGAGAGGCUGGACCAGAGACAGGUACCCACUCCAGAAAUCCGCGCCCACAGUCUCUACUUCGACCUGUCUGCUUACGGGUUGGAAGCCCCGAGGGAGCACCGUAACCCCACUGCCCGGUCGGGGUUCCACUUGAAGAUCUACGGCACCUUCCGGAACCGCUACAUGGCUCUCGUGUGUCCCUCUUCUGAUGCCAAGAUGGUGCGCUUCCUCAAGCAUACAGCCAAUUCCUCGAUCAUGAAGAACAUCUUCCAUCAGUCCUUUAAUGUAUACAAAACAGACAUCGAGCCACGGCUGAACGACGUGACGCUCUACCACAUGCAGUGCAGUCGGCGGCUAUUCGAGAUUCAGUUGUCACACAGACGAGUCAGCGCCGCCUAUAUCGAGGGGGAUAAUGUCGCCGUCACCGUGGAAGGAGAGGCGGCGCGCGUUCUCAACUUUGACACAGGCUGCGGGGUCAACCUGGGCCUGCGAGGCCUGGAGUCCAUGGGCACAUUCAUAUAUCGCACGGCCACUGCAGUGGACCAGCAUGAUGUCCUGGAGGCCCUGUCUGCAAAGAUGCAGCACUCCAGACAAGUGGCACGGACCUUCAAGCAGACGGGCCUGACUGAGUCCAUGUAUGCAUGACAGAGGCUGCUUUUAUGGACAGUGCACAUGAUACACUCCUAGUGGUCAUAGAGAGAAGGUAACACCAAUAGCACUGAGCUGAUAACAUCAGCUGACUUACUGUAAAAACACUGUAAACAUUUUCUGAUAUCAAAAAAUAUGUCUCUGUCUUAUGUGAUAUAUUUUUGUGCUGGAUUGUUUCUGUAUUGAUGUGUACCAAUUAUGAACCACAAGAUCUGGAUUAAUUACAAUUUACUUAAAUAUGUUCAAGCUCAAGGGAUCCUCAAUUCUUACCGACACAUGCCAAAUUUGUCCAAAUGUCAGAGAGUGUCGUAAUAUAUCAGUAACCUACACUAACACAAUGCAGUAGUAGAGUCAAAAUAAGUUUUGUAUGAAAAAAAAACAAAGUAUUCAAAUAACUAGUAGCAUAGCGGUAACUCAAUGUGCCUUGUCAAAAAAAUCAGCCAUCGAUUGUGAUUCUAUUUAAAGGGGACCUAAAACCCAACAUCUUCUGAGCAAUAAUUUGUUGUGGGUGAGCACCAGGGAAAAGCCCAGUGAAAAACACCAGAAAAAGUUGCUACAUUUGGCUUCUAAAUAGGAGUCAUAAAACACAUUCGCUGCCAUUGACGGCAGUAAACGGUGAAUCCAUUUUGACUGGGAGGGUGUUGGCAGCGAUUUUUCACUGCCAGCCUCUCCCAGUCAAAAUAGAUCAGACGUCUAUCAGUUAAUGGCGCAAUAAAGUGGCAAAGGUAGAAACUCUGAGAGUAAGAAUCAUAAACAAUAAGUCUAAACAAACAACAACAAAAAAACAUAGACAACCCUCUCAAAACAGGCUUAUUUUCAGCUAAGUAAAAUGACGUGUGAAAAAUGUUAUUCUUGUAUCAAUAAAUAUGAUGUCAUAUUCAUGUGAUUAGACCCUGCAUUUUAUGAAAACGGUUUAGUUGUUUGACCCAUAGUUAAGGCAUAUCUUUGAUAUACAGUACGAGGGACACGAUUUUUGAUUCGAUUCAAUACAUUUAAUGCUCUGAAACAAAAAAUAUACACGUGUUUUUAAUUUUUAAAAUUUUGCUAACAAGCAAAAAUAGCAACGCAAUCAUAUAAACAUGCAAUGUAGUGCAUACUAUUUAUGUGCUUACUUCUUACUGAUCUGAAGAAAUAAUUGUAUAAAAGUGCUGAGAACAAUCUUUACUUUUUGUAAAGUGAAGCAGGCAGUGCUUAAUUUGUAAAUCAUAAGGUGCCGGAACGCAAAGUACAUAUGACAGCACAGGUAUGACUAGACACGCACAGGUCCCGGAACACAGGCAAAAACUGGUAAAUGUGUCGAAAACAACACUCAAAUGCCCACUUGCCAUGCUGUGGGAUUUAUAAGCCUCAUUUUCAGAUAAUAAUAAUAAUAAUAAUACAUUGUAUUUCUAGAGUGCUUUUCAAGCCUCUGCUAGCGGCAGAGUUUGUUUAUUCAAGGCAAAGCUGCGCCGGACAUUUUAGCGCGAGAGACGACAAAUUCGGAAAAUGCAUUUUGACAGCAUUUCAUUUAAAUCGAAUGUUUUUGCAUAAUGAAUCGAAGAGGGCGUAUUGAACGGUUCAAUAUAAAAUCGAAUAUUGUUGCAUCCAUCGUAAAUAUUGCGCUCGGCACUUCUUUUUUUUCCCUUUAGCUUGUGCGCUAGUCAAUUUGCAUGUUUGAGUAAGUCUGUUAUCUAACUUUAAUUAGUUAGAGAUAGGUUUGUCUGAAGUUUCGACUUGGACCACUUUUAUAUCACUCCCAUGCAAAUAGACAAAAGGAGUUAGCCCAUUGUAGUUCUUAAAGGCUCAGUUGACCUCUGGGGUCUUUCUGUCUUCAGGUAUUUUUGAAAUGAUGAGACAGUGCUGAAAAUCACAUAGAACAUUGCUGCUCUCUAGCGGUGAUUAUGAAUAAUACAACUUGACUUCAAACAAUACAAUCGCUCCAUCUUCAAUAUUGACAAUGCUAGCAUCACAAUUAACAAGCAUCUAUUUAUGGCUUCACGUUCGUUUGAAACUUAAGUUUAUUAUGUAUAUCCAUAACUAGGGUGACCAUAUUUUGAUUUCCAAAAAAAGAGGACACUCGGCCCGGCCGUGAGAUACUUGAAUUUUACUUGAAGUUUACUCAAAGAUGUCUAUAUCACUUCAAUAUAUUUAAAGUGGGCCUCCUCCAUCUGGAUGGAACAAUUCAGUAUUAUAAAAGAAAUUAUAGCCAUAUAGUAUAUAACUAAACACGCAAAUUGUCCUUGCACAUGUGGUAGAAUUGACAAUAAAGCAAACUUUGAAACUUUGAAAUUCAAAAUCUCAAAGGUUACUCAACAGGCUUUAUUAUUCCUAAAAAUUAAUUAAAAAAAACCCCACCACACACCUGGAAUUAAAAAAUAAUCAAAAAGAUUAAUAAUAUAAUGCAGACCCAUAGAAAUGUAGUCCGGUCAGUACACACGCACACACAGUAGUCUAUGUGGCAACUAAAUAUUUUUUAUAAACUACUAUCACAACAAUUGUCGUUGAAUAAUUGUUAUUCCCACUCAAGUUAUCCUCAUUCACUGUUCUAGAUUGCAUGCAAACAAUAACUGAAAAAAACAGAGAAACGAUUCAACCAGCAUGUGUGCAAAUCCAGUUCAAAUCUACAUUUCCCAGAAUGCCUAGCGCGGCUUAGCCCACAGACAGCUAUCCUAUUAGCGAGCACAGGUAGCCGAGCCAAACUCAAACAUUGCUAUGAAAGUUUACAAUCAUCGGCAGCGCAACGAUACUACACCAAACGGGAUUUUACAGAUCACACCAGUACAAAGCUCCGAUAGAAGUCAACAGUUGCCGAAAAGUAAGUUUAGCAAGUGUACAUACCGAUAGCCUGUGAGCUCCUGUGGUGAUGAAGAUUUGUUUGUGAAUGAGAAUUGACAGUUGAACCCAUGAUAAAUCCAGUAUGUGACUGUGCAAUGCAUACACAAAUUUGUAUCCAAAGUAGAAUAAAGGUAUUUUUGACUUAAUUACAAUUUUAGGUACAUGAGCAUUUCAUUAUAUACGUAUUGAACACAACAAUUGAGCCGGGAACACGUACAGGCCCGACAGUACUGUAGUAUUCUGUGCAAAUCGUCAGUCAAAAAACCGGACAUUUUCCUGAAUUUAUAAAACCCCACCGGACGCCCAGAACAGGAUGUAAAAAGUGGACAUGUCUGGGCAAAAGAAGACGUUUGGUCACCCUAUUUUAUUAGCAUUCAACUCUUUCACUUUAAUGGACAAAACAGCAAAGCCGUGACUGAAUAGCCUUCAAAAAUAUCGUAUAUGUGAACUAAUCUGGGACAGGUUUUCUUGUCUCGCCUAAGCAUGGCAAACAAAUAGAAAACAUCCUCAUCCAAAUUUGUCACAUCUAAUUAAAAAGGUCAAUUACAAGCAGUUUGACCUUUAGAGGUCAGCGGAGUUCACCUCUGAACUGGCCCGUUGCUCUACUGCUAAGCCUGUUAUUAGAUUAGAUGCAAUAAUGACAACAUCUUUUGCCUUUGCAUAUGAUUAACGGCAUUUGGUGGGGAGGCGGGUGAAGGACAAUUUAAUCAAUGAUGCGGAAUGACAAGUUGGUAAAUGAAUUAGACUCUGACCAUGGGCUGUGAUCAAUGGCAAAUGUUAAGCAGGUUGAAUGUAUGGUUUGAUUCAAUUGCUUUGUUGUUUGACUUAAAUCUACUCUGGUGCCUCGCAUUCUUUUUAGGGCAAUCAAGCAAACAGUUGAAUGCCUUUUUGGACUUGGUGUGCAAAAACAAGGUGGUAGUGCAUCUUUCAUCCUGCCACACGAGGGCAGUGUUUGCCUAUGAAAAAGCUUUUACAUGGUUUACCUGCGCAGUUAAUUUUAAAACCAUUAAGCAACGACGUGAAUAAUAAAAUCGCACACAAAUAAAUACGUGACGAUAUUACAAUUCAUUCUAAACAUAAAUACGAAUAAAAAAAUAUUAUGUAUUUUUUUGUUGUUGCACAAGUUGAUUAACACUUUUAAGACUUGGAAUGGACAAAUUGUGAUCCAUCAACUACUAGUGCUCUAACAACUAAGGGUGUCUGACUGUUUAUUAUUUUAGUUUGUACUUUAAGAUCACUCUUAAGAUUAAAAGAAAAACAAUAAACACACCUUUUUUUGAGCUAUAAAAUGGGUUUAUAUCCAUAGUUUGUUUCAACUUUGAGACUUGACUAUGCAGCAUACUGCAGUAAACCAUCAUCUUUGACCCUCUCUGAAUAGCAGUCUGCCAUUAGAUAGUCAGAAAAUUAAUGAUAUAUCUUUUUUUAUGAAGUGAAAAAGCUGUUAAUGGCAUGGUCAGCCAUUGAACAAAAAGAUUAUUUUGGUAAAUAAUGAGAGAAAAAUGUACCUUUGUAAAACUUAUGAAUUAUGCAUGAGAGUUAGGGGUGAGACAAAAUAUCGAAAUGGUGAUAUAUCGUGAUACUUUGUAUCCCAAAAGGUUAUUGAUAUGCUUCUGCCAAAAAUCGAGAUAUCGUUUUAAAAAGGUGGCAGUGUUUUAAAAAAAAAAAAAAAAAAAAAAGGGACCAACAAGUUGCUACCAUAAUCUUCCACAAUAAUAGUGUCUCAGGUAACUCUAAGGCUGCCAUUGACGGUGCUCGACGCCCAAUCCAUUUACACUGGGAAAGUUCGUUCAUCCGAAAUAGGGCUGCAGCUUUCGAUUAUUUUAGUAGCCGAUUAAUCGAUGAACUAUUUAUUUUGAAUAAUCGAGCAAUCGGAUAAGGAACAUAAAAAAUUAAAAUACCUGAGCUGAGCCUCACACGGUAUAUUAAAAAAAAAAAAGAGGAUCUAUGAACAACAAAAGAACAAUUGACUAACAUAGCAAAAGUUCGUUAGCUUAAAUGCUAUAAAAUGCUAACGCUUUUUUACAAUGCUCUUAACAAAUGGUUCAGACAUAUAUUCCCACAAAAAAUGGCUAAAUAUACCUUUAAACUAAAUUACGAAUGCAUUCAAAAAAAUCAUUAGCUCAAAAAAAAAACGUAGCUUAUGUUGGUCUUAAUAGGGAGCAGAUGGAUUUAGCCAUGUGAGAUGAGGUAGACUAGAGGGCUGUGUAUCCACCCAAAUCAAUGAAAAUGAAUGCAAACACUUUCAAAACAAACUAUUACAACGCCACUUUAAUUAAACGAAUACUCAAAGCAGCAAAAUUUAAUUGAAUUUUUUUUUUUUCUACUCGAAUACUCGAGUUAAUCGAUUAGUCAUUGUAGCACUAAUUCGACACCAGAGCAUUUUAGUCAUUCUGUCCGAUUUUUCGGGGCAUUAACAGGUCACUUGCUGUUCAUUUACAGGUCAUUUCCUGUUGAGUUUGAGUCACUACCUAAUCAUUUGGGUGACUCCCAGGUCACUUCCGCUUCUGUAACUAAAAAUAAACAGGAAGUGACCCAUAAAAUACCCCCAAAUAAUAGGAAGUAACUGAAAAUCAACAGGUAAAUGACCUUAAAUGGCCCAAAAUUACCUCAAUGACGGCCAUAGACGUUCAAUCCGUUUGAACUGGGAGGGUGGCAGCGAAUGAACGAAUGUUGGACGUCUACUAGUGAUAAACUCAUUCCAAUUCACAGCAGAAGCUUGUUUUUCUGUUUAUUAGUUGUUUGUAGAAUAUCUCAGAAUGAUUUCCUGACCAAUGUAUCGAUAAUCGUUGAAUCGCCAUAUCGUCAGAUCAUCAUCGUGAGCUUUGUAUCGCAAAUCGUAUCGUAUCGUGAGGUAACAAGAGGUUCCCACUCCUAAUUAGAGGACUAUUUUGCAUCCAUAAAGCAAAACAAAUGUAUUAAGUAGACUAGUCACUGAGAUACAGUAUGUUACUCUAAUCAUUUUCUACUAAACAUCCCCCAUGAAUGAAAAUGUUGCCUUCACCUUAUCUUUG